UCGUUUCAGCCUGCAGUGUGAACGUAGCCAAAAACCGCUACUGACUUAACUUUACCUUUGAGUCUUCCUCCUUUCUCCACUGAGAGCUUGUUAAUGCAUGUAAUCUAAUAUUUUAGUCCGACUUCCAUCAUCUUGUCCUGCUAUAAUGAAAAAGGCUGACAUGCACAUCAUUAAUAAUCGAUCAUGUGUACAUCAUUCCAGUUCUGUGAGUGUGGGUCAGUAAUGGGUGCAGGAGUAAAGAUAAGAGCUUAAAUAUUGGCUAAAAUAUCACAAGAACAACAGAUAUUUCAUUCUAAAUACCUGCUUUUUAACUUGUAUUUAUUCAUUUAUGAUAGACCAAUUUUAAACUAUGCAAAUCCUCUGAGGCAACGAUCUUCCGCGGUGCUUGCUUUUGGGUGUAACCUGUUUUGUGUUCCUGUCGUGGUCACAUCCCUCCCUAUGAGGAUUUGCUUUGGUUUGCUGCUGUCUAUCAGGUCCGCCUCACCUGACCACCGAGGCCCCUCCCUGUCUGUUACACGACCCUUUUGUCCCCCAUCAUAGGUAUAAAACAGACAAAGGCAGGUGUGGAUUGUGUCCGUACUGUGGAAGAUCCCCGUACGAAUUUACCUGAGAGAAGUUAUCCUGGGAGUCUGCACACACUCAGGUGAGAAUGACAUCCUUUGCAAAGCGGGUGGCUCAUCAGCAGAAUCGAGCAGAGGGCGUCGGCACCAUUGAGAACGCCGUGAAGUUUUGCCAGCAGGAUUUUGAGACUCUUCGGCAGGAAUGUCUGAGCAGCGGCCGCCUCUUUGAGGAUGGCUGCUUUCCAGCUCAAAGCAAGUCUCUGGGCUACAAAGAGCUGGGACCGUACUCAUCCAAGACCAAGGGGAUUGUCUGGAAGAGACCUACGGAGCUCUGUUCCAACCCAAAGUUCAUCGAUGAUGGAGCCACCAGGACAGAUAUCUGUCAAGGAAGCCUUGGCGACUGCUGGCUGUUGGCCGCCAUAGCCUCUCUGACUCUAGAUCAGCAGAUCCUGGCUCAAGUGGUUCCUCCCGGACAGAGUUUUUCUGAAGACUAUGCUGGAAUUUUUCACUUCCAGUUUUGGCAGUAUGGCGAAUGGGUCGACGUGGUCAUUGAUGACCGUUUACCCACCAGAGAUGGAAAGCUGCUGUUUGUCCACUCAGAGGAAGGCUCAGAGUUCUGGAGUGCUCUGCUGGAAAAGGCUUAUGCUAAAGUGAACGGCUGUUAUGAGGCCUUGUCCGGAGGAAACACCAUAGAAGGCUUUGAGGACUUCACUGGGGGCAUCGGAGAGAUCUUCACCCUGAACAAGGCUCCGCCUCAGCUCUUUAAGAUCAUUCAGAAGGCUCUAUGUCUGGGUUCACUGAUUGGGUGCUCCAUUGCUGUCACCAGUUCCUACGAGACGGAAGCUGUCACGACUCUAAAGCUCGUGAAAGGUCAUGCGUACAGCGUUACCGCAGCAGAAGAGGUAAACGUUCGUGGGCAGCAGGUUCAGCUGGUCCGCAUCAGGAACCCAUGGGGUCAGGUGGAGUGGACCGGGGCUUGGAGUGACGGAUCCAGGGAAUGGAACCACAUCAGCCAAGAGGAGAAGUCGAAGCUUAACAAAGUGGCUGAAGAUGGGGAGUUCUGGAUGUCUUACUCAGACUUCAUCAGAAAUUUCUCCGACCUGGAAAUCUGUAACCUGACCCCGGACUUGCUCACGGACGACACAAAAAGCUGCUGGAACAACUACCAGUUUGAGGGGACAUGGAGGGUGGGCUCCACCGCCGGCGGCUGCCUCAAUCACUCAGCCACAUUUCCAUCCAACCCCCAGUUCUUGGUGCAUCUAGAGGACGUGGAUGACGAUCCUCUGGAUGGGAAGGACGGGUGUACUUUUCUGGUGGGACUCAUGCAAAAGGAUGGACGUCGGAAGAGGAUGCUUCAACAAGAUCUGGAGACCAUUGGCUUUGCCAUCUAUGAGGUCCCAGAUGAGUACAAAGGCCGCAGCAACGUUCGCCUUGGCCCUGAUGUCCUGCUGCGGCAGCGGCCCGUGGCCAUGAGCAGCACCUUCAUCAACAGACGGGAAGUGUGUGGUCGCUUCACACUCCCUCCUGGAGAUUACGCCAUUAUCCCCUCAACCUUCCAGCCUCACAAGAACGGCUCUUUUGUUCUCAGGGUGUUCUCUGAGAAGAAGGUUGAUACCAGCCGUCUUGAUGUGAAACUAGCUGCUAAAAUAGUGGAGGAGAAAAUCUCUGAAAAGGAUGUGGAUCCUCAAUUCAAGGAAAUGUUCAAAAGCGCUGCUGGCGGUCACAUGGAGGUUUCCGCCAUUGAGCUGCAGAGAAUUUUGAACAAAAUCUUUUCUAUCCAGACGGAUGUCAAGACAGAUGGAUUCAGCCUAGAGACGUGUCGCCUCAUCGUCAGCCUCAUGGAUAAAGAUGAAAGUGGCAAGUUGGGCCCGAUGGAAUUCCGCCUUCUGUUGACCAAAAUCCCGAAAUAUUUGGAGAUCUUCAAGAGCCUUGACACUGACAACUCUGGCACCAUGAGUUCCCAUGAAAUGAGAAAUGCUGCAUUCAAAGCAGGUUUCCAAAUCAACGGCUCUGUUCUGCAGGCCAUCGUCAACCGCUACGCCGACGCGCAGUACGCCAUCGACUUUGACAGCUUCGUGAGCUGCCUGGUCAAACUGGAAAUGCUCUUCAAAAUGUUCAAAGCGCUGGACAGAGGUGGCUCAGGAAAGAUUGAGCUGAACAUGCAACAAUGGUUGUGCCUGGCAAUUUACUGACCCUCUGGAUGACACAAGAAAAAAAAAGGAAGGCACUGUGUCCUUAAAGAAAUGCUUUAACAAGUAAAAGUAUCUUAGAUUUAGAGUCUUCUUCUAACUUCUUUUCUCACUUUAACGUUGGUAAAAUGCCUCACAAAUAAAAUAGUUUCAAACAUC